AUUAGCCAAACCGCCAAAAACAGCUGUUUUAUUUACCUAAUGAAAACUGCUGAAAUAACUGAAACUAGUUUUAAUGAUUAAUAUAAAUUUGUUUCUAAAAAGCGUUGCUCAGAGGCGAAUAAAUUGGUCAAAAUAUAAAAACAUGUCGCUGGAGUGUCCUACAAGCCCCGUAUAUCGAACAAGUGUGGAACAGAAAAUACAUUCAAGAAAUGCCGCCAAAGUGUAUCGCUAUGGAUCACCAAAAAUACGAGAUCAAUUGCGAAAUGUUAAAAUGUCGGCUCAGGGUGCGUGAAGCAAGACAAGCCAACUUUAGUAGAAGACGACUGGCUGAUAUAACUGAAGAACUCGAUCUUGAUAAAUUGUUGCGCGAGGAACUUGCUAACUUGGAAAGCGAUUUGAAGUUGCAGGAAGAGAUUUACAUGGAACUGCGCAAUGAAAUGAACGAAUGGUUUGUUCAAGAAUUAGAAGCAGAGGAGGCAUCAUUGAUAGACGCAGCUGAUGCAGAUAACAACAAUGCAUCUAUAAUAUGCCCCAUUUGCCAACAAAGAAACCUUUCUUCCACUUCUUCGGAUAGAAAGCAAGAAAGCGGCACACUCUUUAAUUGCAAAUGCGGUGUACACUUUAAUUUUUCCGCAAAACCCUUCGAAUUACAUAAAAUACUACAUACUCAAAUAGAGUUACACGGACAGAGGUGUGACGCCAACCUCACUUUCUAUCUGGAGCCACAAAGUGUCGUUAAUGUAAUGGUCAAAACAGACGAUUCAGCUGCCAACAAUCUCUGUGCUAUAUGUGAUAAAUGCGAUUAUUUUUAUAGCUUCUAAGAAUAUAAUAUUUGUCAUUACAAUUUUAUGAGUAUUACUUAUUACAUAGUACAUAAAUUCAUACCCCAUACUAAUUAUACCCUUGUAUGCUUGCACACUGAA